AUGUCUCUUUGUAACUCCGCGUCGAAUGGUGUGAUUUCGAUGAACUUAGUGAAGAACAGUGUCUUGAAUGAGGAAGUAAGGAGGAAGUCUAGUCCUAGUUUCUCGCGUUCAGAUGUAAUGGUUUCUGAGUCAAGGGGGAGGAGUUCAUAUAGAGAGCCCAUGAAUAACAAGAACAGGAGCAAGAGCAAAUCUAACAAAUUUGCUAACUUGGAGUGCCAUUAUUGUCAUAAGAAAGGGCACAUGAAGAAGGAUUACUGGAAGUUGAAAAAGGACAACAAACUUGGAAAGAAGCAAGAAGAUGGUGAAGAUCGGAUGACUGUCGCCGAAGAUCAGUUUCUUAUUCUUCUUGAGAGUGAUGCCAUUAAUGUUGCAUGCCAGGACACCAUUUGGGUUGUUGAUAGUGGAGCUACUACUCAUGCUACAUCGCAGCGGGAUUUGUUCGCUACCUAUACUCCAGGUAGUUAUGGUUCUGUGAAGAUGGGUAAUGAUGCAGUGGCCAAGGGAAACUUGAUGAUGAGGGUUUCUAUAGUCUAUUUGGAGGAGGCGAAGGUCUCCAAAGACAUUGUUAAUGUUGUGGAGAAUGAUGAUGCCAUAGAGUUGUGGCAUAAGAGACUCGGUCAUAUGAGUGAGAAGGGAUUGUCUGUGUUGUCAAAGAAGAAGGCUAUUACAGGAAAAUAA